AUGGCGUAUGGCCUCGCCAUCGCUACUGUCAGCUGCCUCAUGGUCUCCCAGCUGUACAUGUGGCGCUUGGAAGACUUCCGGCGUGCCUGGCAUUUGUUGCAGGAGCCGCUGGUGAUGCAAGUCAUCGGGGCUGCCGCCCUGAUCUUGGCCUACAUGAGCCAGCACAAGCCUUCUGUGUAUUGUUUGGAGAACUUAGUGUACAAGCCGCCACAAGAUUGGGAGGUGUCGCAGAAGCAGAUCGUGAAAAUGCUGGAGGCGCAGCAUUGUUUUAACGAAGCCUCCAUUGACUUCCAGCAGCGGAUCCUGGAUAAUUCGGGCACUGGCCCGUCCACGCAUUGGCCGCCAGGCGGGGCAAGCAGUUUGCUCAGCCCCUUAGACCUUAGGCUGGAUCCCAUGACCCUAAGACUUGGCUUUCAAUCGGUGAUGUUUUCGCUGGUGCGAGACCUGCUGAAGCGCAGCAAGGUGAAGCCUCAGCAGAUUGAUUUCCUCAUUGUGAAUUGCUCCCUGUUUUGCCCCACACCCUCGCUCUGCGCGAUGGUGUGCAACGAGUUCGGGCUGCGCCAGGAUGUGCGAUCCUACAACUUGGGGGGCAUGGGCUGCUCCGCAAACGUGAUCUCAGUAGAUCUUGCCAAGCAGCUGCUGGAGAACCGCCCGGGAUCACGGGCUCUGGUGAUAUCCAUGGAGAACAUCACACAAAACCUGUACAAGGGCAACGACAAGUCGAUGCUGCUGCAGAAUACGCUUUUUCGCUGCGGUGGCUGUGCGCUGCUUCUCUCCAGCCGGGUUCUGGACUCUAUGAAGGCCAAGUACAAGCUUUUGUACACCUUCCGCUCACAGCUGUCGGAUGACAAUUCCUACAACUGCGUGUACCAGAAGCAGGAUAGCGAGGGCAACAGUGGCGUGGCCCUGUCCAAGGACCCGCUUGAACCUCGUGUCGCGCUGCUUGUGAAGCUGUGGCAUGCGUUCCCA